CGUAUCGUAGUUUCCUCUCCGCACGACCUCAUGCUCGAAUCACUUUUCUUCUCGGCGCCUUCGAAGGCGUUUGUUACUCGCUAUUUUUCAGCAUGGCUGAAGUGUUUGUUAAAAAUAAUAAUAAUCGUUCUCCGUUUGUGGAUAACGAGGAAGAAGAUAUGGGACACAGUGACGUGAGUAAUAACACAGUGUCUGGCAAGCAGAAAAAAAGACGUUCCAAAGUAGACUUAUUAGAGGAACGUUUUGACGAGAAAUACGGUAAACUUGAAAAUACUUUACACAAUAUUGUUUCAUUGUUGCAAUGCCAGUCACAAAGACAUGGUAAUUCAACGCAGGGGAAUGGCAAAAGCCCCAAUUAUGACCAGGGGAGUGAUACAAGCCCCAAUUUUGAAGAGAGGACUGGGCAAAGUUCCACAAGUAAUCGUCAAGAUGAUGUACUUUCCAUUCAUCCUGCUUCCUCUGAACAUUUUUCGUUGUCUGAUUCAGAAGAAGAAGACACAGAGCACAGUGCUAGUGUACGCAGGUGUUUGAAAGACAUUUUUGGAGAAGAUGCAUGUUUGAAAAAAGAUGCACAAAAGCCAACUGGCAUUUGCUUAGAAAAUUCGCAGAAAGAAAUUUGGGAACAAAGCUAUCGGUCUAAAACACCAAAUAAUGUAACAGCUUUUUCAGAAGAGUGCAAAGAUUUAUUUCCAGUUGAUGAAGACACUGAACAUUUUUUACGUGUACCUACAUUGGACGAUAUUGUAGACACGUGUCUAACAAAGAAGUUUGGUUCUAGAGCUUCAUUCGCUAAACAUGGAACUUUUCUGUUCUCACAACCAAACAAAAUGGUGGAGAAGACCGCAUACAGAGGACAGCAAAGUGUCUACAUGGGUAUUGUUACACAGAUGUACAUGCAGCAAGCUCUUGCAAUGUUAAUGGACAUGGUUACAGAUAAACCAGACAUUGAGAAAAAAGUGAAGGACAUUUUCGCUUUAUCCACACGAAGUCUAGAUCAAUUUGGUAGAGCAGGAGCAUUUUUUCAUAUCAUUCGUAGACAAGUCACAAUGAGCGAGACUUCUUUAUAUGAACUUGAUGAUUCAAGGACAAUCAGUAACCUACCCUUGAGAGGGGACGGGGUGUUUGGUGAAGAAUUGGAAAAGACUCUCAAACAAAAGAAAGACAAAAGAAAAACACUUGAAGAGUUAUUGCCAGAAAAAUUGCAAAAGAAGGAAACAUAUAAGAGGAAAGCCAGUGAACAGACAGAACAGCAAACAUCUGUCAAAAGACAAUAUGUAAAGACAAAUACAAGAAUGGGUGUUCAGCCAAAUGAAUACAAUAGAGCGCCACCUACAUUUCGCAUUCCAAAAUACAAUGCGGACUCACGAAGUACUUUUCGAACAGAGCACAGAGCUGGUGGCUCGAGAGGUCGGGGCAACUAUGCAGCCAAUAACAGACCAAGGGCUACAGUUGCCAAGAUGCCCUCAAGCAACCACCGUUUGAGCCAAUAAAGACAGCCAGUUUAAAGUAUGUAACUUACAAGACAGUUUUUCUCAUAGCAAUUACAACUUUUCGCAGAUGUGGGGAUUUACAAUCUUUGACAUUGGGAGAAAAUUCUGUGAAUGUACAAGCAAAAGGUGUAACUUUCAUAAGGCAUGGUUUAUCGAAACAGGACAGAGGUUCACAUCAGAGCAAUACUAUUUUUAUUCCUGCUUUUCCAAAUAACAAGUUGUUGGAUCCAAAACGAGCAUUGACUUAUUAUCUGAAAUCAACAGAAAAAUUUAGGAAUUCAAAAGAGAAGGACUCUUUGAAAUUAUUUUUAACUGUAAAUAAACCGCAUAGAGCGGCUUCAAGUCAGACAAUUUCGUCAUGGAUUGUUAAGACUAUUCAAAAGUCAUACAAAAUGAAAAAAGUGUAUGCAUCUAAAGUUAAAGGUCAUUCAACUAGGUCAAUCGGACCAUCAUGGGCUCUUUUUAAGGGAGCUCCAUUGAAAGAUGUUUUAGACAGUGCGGAUUGGAGUAGAUCAUCUACUUUUGUGAAGUUCUAUUUUAAAGAUGUAUCAUUUGAUUUUCUUAAAGAAUAAUGUUUUUCUCCCCGGCGAGUUAUUUUCCGGAAAAUGAACUGUUUUUAAGUCAACAGUAUGGAACAUAUCAUAUAUAUGAUGGCCACAAGUAGUGGUUUAUCCAUCAUAUAUUUGUUUUAAAUAUAUUGUUUAAAUAUGUGGAAAAGUGAAUAAGAAUACAUGAUUUGUGCUGUGUACAGUUAUUAUUGUGUAUAUAAGAGGGACUGUUGUAGCAGUUUUUAUGAAAUAGAAGAUAUAGAAAACUCUGGAAUGAGAAGAUCUACUAUAAUUGUUGGAGUGGUCAGAAAGUACCUGAACCCGCCUCCAAAGAGGGACUGCUUUGGGAAGGAAUCCUAAAGUACAUAUGUCAGACUACUUUCUGAGGCCUUCGAAGGCGCCAAGGAAAGUGAUUCGAGCAUGAGGUCGUGCGGAGAGGAAACUACGAUACGCAUGCGCGAAAGUUGUUUAUUUCCGGUAGUCGUCUAUUAUGCGGCGCCUACCGUAUAGCGAGUUAUUUUCGGGCCGAGAUAGAAUCCUAAAGUACAUAUGUCAGGUAAGUAUAAUUUACUCAUAAAAUUAUAAUUUGAGUACAAAUUUGGAAAUUUUC